AUGAUGAGACAUGUUUGGAAUCUUAAUCAAUUACGUAAUGGCUUCGAAUGGGUUGAAUGGAUCAAAGCAACCUACUUGGCAAGGAAGAGCUUUUGGGAGAUUCAUAUACCUUCAGAUGCUUCUUGGGCUUGGAGAAGCAUUUUGAAGCUUAGAACGGAAGCUAGAGAGCACAUCAAAGCCAUCAUCGGAAAUGGUCAAGCAACUUAUGUUUGGCAUGAUAAUUGGCACCCAAGAGGCCCUCUCAAGGAUAGAUAUAGCAGCCACAUUGUGUAUGAUUCGGGGCUACAUCAUCUUGAUUCGGGGCUACAUCAUCUUGCUAAGGUGUGUGAGAUUUGGGAUGGGACAAGGAGGAGAUGGCCAACGGCUAAUUCUUGGGCUUUGAUGGACAUGAAGGAUUCUAUCGACUUUGAUCCAAAGGAGGGCGAGGGCGAAGGCGAGGACGUGGUUGUUUGGAAGCCUAAUACAUUCGAUAAGUUCUCUAUAAAAUUGGCUUGGGAGGUUACUCGUAUGCACCAACACCGAGUGGAGUGGCAUCACCUUGUAUGGUUCCCAAAAGCUAUUCCACAACACUCCAUGAUCACGUGGAUGUCAUGUAAGGAUCGGCUUCAGACCAGGGAUAAACUAAUGAGGUAUGGAAUAGCUUCUAGCAAUGUUUUGUAUUUUGAUACUUUUGAACCUAACCCAGAACAUGUCCUAUGA